AUAAAAAGCCGACUUAUUUUCAACAGCAUUAUCCCAAUUAACACCAAAUUCGAAUCCCUCAAAACCCAACCCCUACAUAAACCCUACUCAUCAGUUCCCUCCAAUUAUACCGUCAAAAUUCAAUGGCGUCCGCUUCUAUCACAACGCGCUACGACGCCGCCAAAAAGAAGACCCACGUCGCCGGAACCCUAGCCUUCGACAACAGCGACAUCAACCUCACCGCCACCGUUGCCGACACUUCCACUCUUCUCUCCGGCGGCUUCAACCUCAACUCCAUCGCCCUCGAAAAACCCGGCUCUUUCGGUAUCAAUUUCGACAUCCCCGACCAGGAUGUGAGGUUUCAGUUUAUGAACUCGUUUAAGGUGUUGAAAAAGCCGGUUGAUUUGAGUUAUGCACACUCGAGGGCGUAUAAUCGUACUGCAUUGGGAGGGAGAGUUGAGCUUGAUUUGUCGAAUACCGUGUCUGGUAAAUAUGAUUUUGGUUCCGGUCACUCGAAGAUUAAGUACAGGUAUUCUCAUAACGGUUUGACUACGGUGGAGCCUGGUUAUAAUUUUGAUAGGAAGGGGUGGCAAUUAGCUGCUUCACAUAAGUUUAGUGGCGGUGAUGUGGUAAAGGCUUCGUAUAAGUCGGAUAGAAAGAUUUUGGGGGUUGAUUUUGUGAAGAAUACUGCAGAUGGAAACUUCAAGGUUUCUGCAUCUCUCGAUUUGGCGGAGAAAUUGACUUUCCCGACUGUGAAUGCUCAGAGUACAUGGAAUUUUAAUAUGUAAUAUUCAAUUAUUAUAAUUUAUUUUUAAACUAUUUCAUCUAUAAGAUCGUAGUGAUGCUUGAACUGUUUAGUCUUAGUAGAUAUCUUCUAAAAAUCAAGAAAGCCUUGGUAAGAAUUAUCACAUGAUUAAUAUAACUUGUUUAUUUAUAGAGGCU